AUGGCAAUUAUUGGUGGUGAAGAAAAGGAUUGGAAUCGAUUUGGUUUCCUUGUUAAAGUAUUUUCACGUGAGAAUUCAUCAAAUAUUGUUACCAGCUGUACCGGAACGAUCAUUUCCACUAAAUUAAUACUGACUUCAUCAUAUUGCUUAUUGAAUGCAACAACUGGUAGAAGACUAUACGAAUUCGUCGUUACGAUACAAUCACUGAAACGACCUAAAACAUUAUCAGCUGAAGUGAUCGAAAUUGGAGAAACAUGGGGAAUAUUGAAAAUUUCCGAAAUACCACUAUCAACACUUUGUCCACCAUUACCAGCACCAAAACGAGUAGCUCAGUUAAAUGUUCGACCAUCAUUAAUACAAUCAUCGAUUGUAAAUAUUGAUAUAUUGAAAUUGAAAAACAAAAAAUGUUGGAUUGUUGGAUUUGCUACAACAGAUAACGCAACAGAAUUUAUCAAACAGGAACAAAUUCAUUUGAUUAAAAUUCAUUCGUUAAACUCUGUAAAGGAUAAGCCUAAUUAUUUGUGGUCAUCUAUUGUUGCUAACGAAACUGCAUGUUGGGAUGAUGCUGGUGCAGCUUUAUUUUGUUCGACACGAAAUUGGGGACAUGUAUUAAUUGGGAUAUUUCAACAUUUGAUAGCACCAAAGAAACCAAUCGAUCCACAAAAAGAAAAUGUAAAAAUGGAUAUGAUGGAUAGUUGCAGUCGUGCAAUUGAAAUGCGCUUCUCAAAAACGAUCAAUCAACAAAAAAUUUUUGAAGCAAUUCAAAAAUUUGAUCUUGCUGCAUUUGUUAGUGUAUAUCAGAAUUGUUUCCGAGAAAUUCCGUAUAAUUUAACACCUGGAUUGUAA